UAUGAUGAGUACACAGCUGUUUCAAAUAUUUUUCAUCUGUAGUUGGUUUAAUCCAUGGAUGCAGAAGCUGUGGAUGGAGAGGCCGUCUACACUUGGAAGAAGUUCAAGCUCAGCCAUAUCUACUUAGGAUCUCUUACAACAAAAAAACUUUUCCAUAAUAUACCUUGUCGUAUUUAUUGAAUUCAUCACAUGUGUACCAGCCACAAGUCUCUGAAUGAGAAUGAAAAGCAAUUCAGAUAAGCUUGAACAACAAGGAGUUUAUUGGCCCAUAGUGCUCAGAGCCGGCCCCAAGGACUGUGAUUUGGUUGUCAGAGCAUGCAAGCUGCGAGAUGUCCUACGGAUGAAUUGUCUUUAACCAACUGUGCAGUUGUGAAUGAAAAGGAUUUCCAGUCUGGCCAGCACGUGGUUGUGAGGACCUCCCCCAAUCACAGGUUCACGUUCACCCUGAGGACCCACCCGUCCGUGGUGCCUGGGAGCAUCGCCUUCAGCUUACCUCAGCGAAAAUGGGCUGGACUUUCUAUUGGCCAAGAAAUAGAAGUCUCCCUGUAUACAUUUGACAAAGCCAAGCAAUGUAUUGGCACAAUGACCAUCGAGAUCGAUUUCCUGCAGAAAAAGAAUAUCGACUCCAACCCUUACGACACGGACAAGAUGGCAGCAGAAUUCAUCCAACAGUUCAACAACCAGGCCUUCUCAGUGGGACAGCAGCUCGUGUUUAGCUUCAAUGAAAAGCUUUUCGGCUUGCUGGUGAAGGAUAUUGAAGCCAUGGACCCCAGCAUCCUGAAAGGAGAGCCCGCUACUGGAAAAAGACAGAAGAUUGAAGUGGGACUGGUUGUUGGGAACAGCCAAGUGGCGUUUGAGAAAGCAGAAAACUCGUCACUCAAUCUCAUUGGCAAGGCUAAAACCAAGGAAAAUCGCCAAUCCAUCAUCAAUCCCGACUGGAACUUUGAGAAAAUGGGAAUCGGAGGUUUGGACAAGGAGUUUUCUGAUAUCUUCCGACGAGCGUUUGCGUCUCGGGUGUUCCCGCCGGAGAUCGUGGAGCAGAUGGGCUGUAAGCACGUUAAAGGCAUCCUGCUGUAUGGGCCCCCGGGUUGUGGUAAGACUCUCUUGGCGCGACAGAUUGGCAAGAUGUUGAAUGCCAGAGAGCCCAAAGUGGUCAACGGGCCAGAAAUCCUGAACAAGUACGUGGGAGAAUCGGAGGCAAACAUUCGCAAACUCUUUGCUGAUGCUGAAGAGGAACAGAGGAGGCUUGGCGCUAACAGUGGUUUGCACAUCAUCAUCUUUGAUGAAAUUGAUGCCAUUUGCAAGCAGAGAGGGAGCAUGGCCGGGAGCACAGGUGUCCAUGACACUGUUGUCAACCAGCUGCUGUCCAAAAUUGAUGGGGUAGAGCAGCUGAACAACAUCCUAGUCAUUGGAAUGACCAACAGACCAGAUCUGAUAGACGAGGCUCUCCUUCGACCUGGAAGACUGGAAGUUAAAAUGGAGAUCGGCUUGCCAGAUGAGAAAGGUCGACUGCAGAUCCUUCACAUCCAUACGGCAAGGAUGCGAGGCCACCAGUUGCUAUCUGCUGAUGUGGACAUUAAAGAACUGGCUGUGGAAACCAAGAACUUCAGCGGUGCUGAGCUGGAGGGCCUGGUGCGCGCAGCACAGUCCACCGCUAUGAACAGACACAUAAAGGCCAGUACUAAAGUAGAAGUGGACAUGGAGAAAGCGGAGAGCCUGCAGGUGACACGAGGAGACUUCCUGGCUUCUUUGGAGAAUGAUAUCAAACCAGCAUUUGGCACAAAUCAGGAAGAUUAUGCCAGUUACAUUAUGAAUGGAAUCAUCAAGUGGGGUGACCCCGUUACUCGUGUCCUGGAUGAUGGGGAGCUGCUGGUUCAACAGACUAAGAACAGUGACCGCACACCGUUGGUUAGCGUCCUUCUGGAAGGCCCUCCUCAUAGUGGGAAGACUGCUCUAGCUGCAAAGAUUGCCGAAGAAUCCAACUUCCCCUUCAUCAAGAUCUGCUCUCCUGAUAAGAUGAUUGGCUUCUCUGAGACUGCCAAGUGUCAGGCCAUGAAGAAGAUCUUUGAUGAUGCAUACAAAUCCCAGCUCAGCUGUGUGGUCGUGGAUGACAUUGAAAGACUACUAGACUAUGUCCCCAUUGGCCCUCGGUUCUCCAAUCUGGUCCUACAGGCUCUUCUUGUGUUACUGAAAAAGGCACCUCCUCAGGGCCGCAAGCUUCUGAUCAUCGGGACCACUAGCCGCAAAGAUGUCCUGCAAGAAAUGGAAAUGCUCAACGCGUUCAGCACCACCAUCCACGUGCCCAACAUCGCCACAGGAGAGCAGCUGCUGGAAGCCCUGGAGCUUUUGGGCAACUUUAAGGAUAAGGAACGCACCACAAUUGCACAGCAAGUCAAAGGCAAGAAGGUCUGGAUAGGAAUCAAGAAGCUGCUCAUGCUGAUUGAGAUGUCCUUGCAAAUGGAUCCUGAGUACCGCGUGAGGAAGUUCCUGGCCCUCCUGCGUGAAGAAGGAGCUAGCCCCCUGGAUUUUGACUGAACAUAACUGUCUGUGGGAUGCAGUGACCAAGGCGAAGAGAGCCUGGGAUCUUCACUCUCCUCCAGAUAUGGACUCAGCGAAAGGUUAUCUACCCUCAACAUGUGCUCGCGCUGCAUGAUUUGUGCAAUGACGCUCCCCGCCGUCCGCUUCCCGGAACCCUCUCAUGCUUGGUGGAAGGCGCACAGUGGCUGUAGGAUGCUGCGGUUGACCCCUCGGGCUACGGCUGCCUCCUUCCGACCUAGAAGCUCCACAGGUGAAACAUUCCAUGCUCGUGAACACUACGUUUAGUAAGCUCCCCGCCACCCCACCUGCAGAGCUCCCGGCAGAAGCAGCGAGCGUUGCAAGGCAGUGCCUGGCCUGCUGCAGGCUAGCAGCCUGUGUGCAAAGCAGGAGGCCUGACAAAAAGGUGGUUCCUGAGGACUGUCUUCCACUUUCCAGUGGCAACACAAAGGUAGUGGGGUGUUUGGAUGGACAUCGAAGACAUUUUCUCUGAUAUUUCCGGAAGUGCUUCCAGGUUGCGGUCCCCAGUUAGAUCGUGACUGUUUGCUCUCAAGUCAGGCGCUCUGUGGUGAGAAGUAUGCUCACCACCACUUGCUAGAUGCUAAAGACCUGUGAAAGAUGGAGCAAGUGUACACCCUAAACAGAAAGGAGUUAUUAAAAUGAAAUCAUUUACAAACCUCCCAGCACUAAUUAGGGUCCAACUCUAAGUGGGUCAGCUCCUUAGCAUCACAUUAAAGCCUUAUUAGUCAGCAUCACCACUCUUGCUUUUUUUCCUGAGCUUAAUGACUUACUUAGAAUUUGCCUUCCCUUUAUUUUAAAUUACCGGUAUACUGUCUAGCACCUCUAAACCAUCGCCAUCCAGGACAAGGUAGCAGUUUCCCGCCCAUAGCACACAGCCCUUGUCCUCCACAUACCUCUACCCAAGGCAGGAAGGACCCCUGGAGCCCUGGAGGGGUGGAGGGACGGUCUCUCUCACCUCGGAGUCCCCAAGAAUGAGCCCGGCCAUCAGACCCGGGGUGAGGCUUGGGGAGCUUGCCACUGUCUCCUCACUGCUGCUCAGAAUGCAGGGACACUGCCCAGGAAUCACAGUGGCCCUUGGCGUGACUCUGUCAUCCCCACAGGGGAGGGCGCAGCCCCUGCUAUCUAGAUGCUUCUGCGAGAGAGGAGUGUCGUAGCUACUUUGUUUCGCUUUUUCAGCCCCAGCUUAUUUUGUGGCUUUUUUAAAAAGUGGACGACUGUAUUGUGAAAUUGUGUGGUUCCUGGUGGCUAGUGGCUGGGUCAGCUCAGCCAGCACUGACCCUGCCUCCCCUCCUCCCCCGCAGCAGCACACAUUGUGUCUCCUGUUGAAUGAGUUCAUGUCUUUGUGUCGUGUCCAAAGUUAUAUUGAAAAAUACAGAUAUUAUAUUGUUUAAUGCAAAUGAUGGAAUGCAAUAAAGAGUAAAUAUACUU